AUGAAUCUUCUACAAAAAUCAGGAUCAGAUCCUCAAAUUAUUGUUAUAGCUAUCACAAUUAUGGCUAGAAUUGGCACAGUUACGAAGUGGUUCAAGCGUUCCAAUAAUGACUGGGAUCCUAGUAAAACGACACUUCGUCUUGACAAAACUUCAAAUACGAAUGGCCGUCUACAUUUUCAUGGCUGA